UCUUCAACCAGCUCUAUAAUGCUCAAUGAGCAGUUCAACAACGUUAGCAUCUUUAUGCGCCAAGUACAAGAUCGGUCAGGGGUGAUAACUCCUGUUGACAUUCAAGCUGGCCAGCUCGUUGGACCCAUACAAGAGGAUUUCCAGGCUGACAAAGAAGACAAGGGGGCGCUGUGGAAAAGCCUCAAGAAAUCAGACGACACAGAAUCCUGCAAUUUGAUGGCAGUUCAUAUUCAGAACGAGUUGUACUAUCGAGCGCUACGCGAGAUACAUGCGGGGGAAGAAAUGUUGCUCUAUGCCAAAGAACGCCUCUAUCCAGACGCAGAUUUCCCCAUGUUCAAGAACAAAACAGAAGAUGCUGACAUUAUCAGCUGUCGAGACUGCGGUGAGGUGUUCAAGGAUCGAACCUCGUACCACAAACACCAGCUGUUCUCGUGCAACAACACACGCUCUGAGUAUGGUCACUACCAGCAAGGCUCCGACAGCUACAAAAGCCCGCUGCACGAAAUGCUGCUCUCCCCGACGACGUCUGAGCGUGACACGCCCGACCAUGUUGAUGACGGGGAUUUCAAGUGUGAGGAGUGUCCGCGGAGUUUUGCACUUAAGUCAAACCUUGCUCGUCACCAGAUUGUUCAUGAAUCUGGGCGGAGAUUCUCGUGUGAACAUUGUGAGCGCCACUUCACGGACCCUUCCAAUCUUCAGCGGCACAUAAGGUCGCAGCACCAUGGUGCACGAUGCCACGCAUGUUCUGAGUGCGGUAAAACAUUCGCGACUUCAUCUGGUUUGAAGCAACACCAGCACAUCCACUCAAGCGUGAAACCGUUCCAGUGUGAGGUCUGCCUAAAAGCAUACACACAGUUCUCCAACUUGUGCAGACACAAGCGCAUGCAUGCUGAUUGCAGGCAGCAGAUCAAGUGCAAUGACUGCGGACAGGCAUUCUCCACGAUUACCUCCCUUAGCAAGCACAAACGCUUCUGCGAAGGAGCGCUAAGGAACGGCAUGAGAAGUUUUGCUGGUGAAGGAAAGCUCUCACCGUCUGGAAGCAUUAUUGGCAUGGGUCAGUCGGCUGCAUUCUCUCCAGCUCUAAUGAUGGGUUUCUAUGGAAACCGGCCCUCCUAUCCAUACUUUCCCCCAGCUCUUGGAGGUUUAAAUCUUCCGAUGUUUGGUUCCAGUCACCCCCUGUCCGCAUUGACAACGUUGUCUCCAACAAGUUUGCGAUCAUCCAGCUUGGCAAGUUUGACCCCCAAAAAAUCCGACUUGAGCCCUGCGGAGAAGUAUGAGAAACGGGCACCAGAUGGAAGUGAUGGCGGAUCUGAACUUUUCUCUGGGAGUGAUUUGGACAACAUACCGUCUGAUUCGGAGAGUGAAAAGAGCGAUAAUACACCACAGCAGUCUCUAAGUACAAACACUCACAUAGUCUCUAUCACUGGGUCAAGCCCAGUGGUACUGGUACCCAGCACUCAGUCCUCCAAGGUGACCUCUUUAUCGCCACAAUCUGUUGACACCUGUGUUCUGUCUCCUUUGAAAGUUGGCAUUGAAUCCAGUGAGAAAGCGUUUGAUCUGUCAAAGUCAACAGCCGUUGAUCUCUCUACACCACCAAAGACACACACGUCUGUUGCUGUGGUGAGGAAAGCAGAAGGAGAACAGCCUCUUGACUUGAGCCAAACAAAAGAUUUCACCCCACCUGAAGCUCCUAGAAAAACCCACAUAUUUGGUGAUGCAAAAACGCCCACAACACCAGAAGCCCCAAGACUCCACUGCGCAUAUCCGCAAUUCUCCAAACAACUUAUUAUGGACCAAGCACUAAGAAUGAAUGAAACCAAAGAAAAAAUGGCAGAGUCAGCAAAAUUCAUGCCAUAUCCUCGAUUUCCAUUUUCUGCAGUGGCGCAUUACCCAUUAGGAAUCAACCCAUUCAGUUUUGUGAGCCACGAAUCUCCAAAAUCAGUUUCAUCAGCCCCUACAAUGUCACCGCAAGAGAAGUCAUUCGGGGAGUAUGGAGUGACGUCCCCUCACAUGCAACCGUUCUCGACUCCAAACAAAAUGAAGGAUCGUUACAGCUGUAAAUUCUGUGGGAAGGUAUUUCCACGCAGCGCAAACCUGACCAGACAUCUUCGAACCCACACUGGCGAGCAGCCAUAUAAAUGUAAGUACUGCGAGAGAUCAUUCUCCAUAUCUUCCAACCUUCAGAGGCACGUACGUAACAUUCACAACAAAGAGAAACCAUUCAGGUGUCCACUCUGUGACCGAUGCUUUGGUCAGCAAACCAACCUUGAUCGGCAUUUGAAAAAGCACGAGACCGAUGGCCCCAAUAUCAUUGAUUCUCCGGAACGAGACAUGGAACUGGAUGACAAAGACGAGUCAUACUUCGCGGAAAUCAGAAACUUCAUCGGCAAAGCGACAACAAACUCAGUGCAAGGUGCAGAUAUAAACCAGAAUAUGCUGAGUGAGAAGAUUGAGAAAUUCAGAAAAAGCAUGAUGGACGUGAGCAAAAAUGACGUCGAAUUGGAAGAGGAAGAUGAUGAGGAAAUUGACCCGGUCUCUGAUGACAUUGACAAUUUGUCUGUAAAGUCAGAAAAAUCACCAGAUACUGUGCUAGAAGACAUUAAUGAGCCCCAUGUUAAGAGGCAGAAACUUGAGUUAGCUACCAUGGUCUCCAUGGCAAACAAUACUGUAGAGAAGCCAAUAGCACUCUGUCAGAGUUCGAGCUUCCGACUUCAGCGUAGCCCGAGUCCAGUUUUGUGUUCAUAAGAAAAACUUGGUGUCUGAGACCUUUUUGUGCUGAUUGUUUUUGUUAUUUACCAUGGUACAGCUAAGAUCAUAAUUCGUUCAUUGUAUAUAGUUAAAGACUUGAUCAGUUGGGGGAGUUGUGUGUUGUGUUCAAUAAUUUUGAAAUUGCUUCGAUAUUGCUAGUUUUUGUAUUGUUUUGUUACAAAUAUUUAUGUUUGCUGGUUAACUUGGGAACAAAAUGUUGUUGUUUUUUGUUGUUUGGAUUCUUUACUGUUUACAAAGUUGGACCACCAUUUGUUGCAUUUGUGAUAUAUAUAUAUAAUUACACCUAUUUGCUGUCACAUGCAACUUUGAGUGUAAAGGAGCACAGUGUGAAGAGAAGGCAUUUCAUAUGAGACGCGUUCUGAGAAAACAGGGCUUAAUGCAUGUCCGUAAAGUGUCGUCCCAGAUUAGCCAGUGCAGUCCGCACAGGCUGAUCAUGGUUGACACUUUCCACUUGUAUGAUAUUUUCUGUUUAAAGAAAGUCUCUUCUUAGCACAAAUCUAGUUAAGGCGGAAAGUGUUGUCCCUGAUUAGACUGUGCAGACUGCACAGGCUUAUCUGGGACGACACUUAACGCAAAUGCAUUAAACCCCUUUUUCACAGAGGGCUGCUCAAAUGGUUCUUUUAGAUAUGAGCCGUGCUCUGGGGUCAUGGAGGUUAACCCUUUGCAUGCUGGGAAAUUUGUUGUCUGAUAAAAUGUUGUCUGCUGAAUUUCUAAAAUCAGAAUAGCAAACAGUUUGGAUCCUGAUGAGACGCCACUUUUUGUGGCGUCUCAUCUGGAUCCAAACUGUUUGCAAAGGCCUUCAAAAUUCGGUUCCAGCACUGAAAGAGUUAAUGCAUAAAGUGUCAUCCCUGUUUAGCCGCUGCAGUUGUGCAAGGCUAAUCAAGUAAGGCUGCCUUUCCGCUAGUAUGGAAGUUUUCAUUUAAAAAAAAGAAAUAGCGAAGUCCAAUUAAGGCGCAAAGUGUAGUAUCUGAUAAGCCUGUGCGGACUGUGAGGCUAAUUUGGGACGACACUUUACGUAUGUGGGUUCGGAGUCGUUUUCCCAGAGCCAGUGUCUCAAUUAUGCUUACUUGUGAGAAUCUCAUUUUACAUGCAGUUGGGCCAGAAAUCUCGCAUUUUAAGUAUGUUUAAUGCAAAUUUAAAUUGCAUAUGUUACUUUUAAUGGAAUGGUUAGUGUUUGGAUAUGUAUUCAAAUGGUAACCAACUCAUGAUAGAAUAUGUAUGCAUGUAAGAGGCAUUCACAGUGUAUUUUGUGUUUUUUAUUAAAAGUGUGACAAUAUAUGAAACAUUUUUUAAUCUUUUGUUAAUACUUAUUUAUUUAUUUGUAUAUUUUUGAACAGUGUAAAUAUAUUGCACAUAAGAUUGACGUGUUUUAGAUAUAUAUUAGUUGUUGAACAGUUUGCUGUUUGUGUGAGAAUUUAGAAUUUAUAAGUAUGUAUUUAAACUAUGGGUCCAAAUUUCACUGUUAAAUAUGAGUCACGUUCUGGGAAAACUGGGCAUAAUGCAUGUGCGUAAAGUGUCGUCCCAGAUUAGCCUGUGCAGUCAGCGACAACACUCUCCGUCUAAAUUGGAUUUUUGUUAAGAGACUUCAUUUAAAUGAAAAAUGUCAUAAAAGCGGAAAGUGUCGUCCCUGAUUAGCCUGUGGGGACUACACAGGCUUAUCUGGGACGACACUAUACACACAUGCAUUAUGCCCAGUUUUCUCAAAAUACGACGCAUUUUAUUUACAAAGAUUUACAUACUUUUCACAGUAGGCCUAUGACUACAGUUUGGGGCAUUAUAGAUCCAAUAUAGUUUGCUACAAAAAUAAAGUUAUUAUACUCUUGCAAAAAAUGUAAUUUGUACUUCGUUUUUGCAGUAUUUGAAGCUUACGUUUUUAUUGUUCUUGCUUUUCCUUCAGUUUUCCUGCUUUGCAAAUAUUUUAUACGAGUGCAACAUUUAGUUGUAUAUUGAUCCUUUAUAUUUAGGUUUACUAUAUAUUUUUAUCA